CGGCGCGCGUCCCGUCUCCAUGGCGACGGGCUUUCCUCGGCGAGGACCCCGGCGGCGGGGCUGCCCGGCGGCGCCUGCUCGGCGCGAUGCUUUCGCAGUCAGAGCGGUGGGCGGGCUGGGGCUUGCGGGGCUGCGUGGCUGCAGCGGAGCCGGCGGGCAGGCGGGCUUGGUCCGGAGUGCAGGGGACGCGGGCGGCCCGGCGGCGGGCUGGGCCCCGGGGCCUGCGGCGCGGGCGCUGAGCUGGCGGGGCGGGCCGGGGCGCGGGCGGCGGCGGCGGCGGCUGUGGUAGCUCCUCCUCCUCCGGCUGCAGGGUUAAUAACUAAAAUUUAUGUAAGACAGAAGAGAAAGAUGUCAUUCCGUAAAGUAAACAUCAUCAUCCUGGUCCUGGCCGUUGCUCUCUUCUUACUGGUUUUGCACCAUAACUUCCUUGGCCUGAGCAGUUUGCUAAAGAACGAGGUUUCAGAGGCCGUAGAGGAGCCUCCUUGGGCUGCUGUCUGCUCACAUUUCAGCUGGGCAGGGCUUCAGAAGGUGGGGACAGAUUCAGGAAUUGUGGGGCUUCAGCCCAUAGACUUUGUCCCAAAUAUUCCCCGACAUGUGGUAGACGGGAGACAAGAGGAGAUUCCAGUGGUCAUUGCUGCAUCUGAAGAUAGGCUCGGGGGGGCCAUUGCAGCCAUAAACAGCAUUCAGCACAACACUCGCUCCAGUGUGAUUUUCUACAUUGUUACACUCAACGGUACAGCAGACCAUCUCCGGUCCUGGCUCAGCAGCAGUACCCUGAAAAGCAUCAGGUACAAAAUUGUGAAUUUUGACACUAAACUUUUGGAAGGGAAAGUAAAGGAGGAUCCUGACCAGGGGGAAUCCAUAAAACCAUUAACCUUUGCAAGGUUCUACCUGCCAAUUCUGGUUCCCAGUGCAAAGAAGGCCAUAUAUAUGGAUGAUGAUGUAAUUGUGCAAGGUGAUAUUCUCGCCCUCUACAACACACCACUCAAGCCAGGACAUGCAGCUGCAUUUUCAGAAGACUGUGAUUCAACUUCUACUAAAGUUGUCAUCCGUGGAGCCGGGAACCAGUACAAUUACAUUGGAUAUCUUGACUAUAAAAAGGAAAGAAUUCGUAAGCUUUCCAUGAAAGCCAGCACCUGCUCAUUUAAUCCUGGAGUUUUUGUUGCAAACUUGACAGAAUGGAAAAGACAGAAUAUAACUAACCAGCUGGAAAAAUGGAUGAAACUCAAUGUAGAAGAGGGAUUGUAUAGCAGAACACUGGCUGGCAGCAUCACAACACCUCCACUGCUGAUUGUAUUUUAUCAACAGCACUCCACCAUUGACCCAAUGUGGAAUGUCCGCCAUCUUGGUUCCAGUGCUGGAAAAAGAUAUUCACCCCAGUUUGUAAAGGCUGCCAAGUUACUUCAUUGGAAUGGGCAUUUUAAGCCAUGGGGAAGAACUGCUUCAUACACUGAUGUCUGGGAAAAAUGGUAUAUUCCAGACCCAACAGGCAAAUUCAGCCUAAUCCGAAGACAUACGGAGAUCUCAAAUAUAAAGUAAAAUAUAAUUUAUGCAAUAAGCAUUUCUCAGGAAAUCCUAGAAGACAGUAUGUGUGGGAAGUAACAGUUGCUAGACUCCAGUGCCUAUCUACAGCAACCCAUGGAAAAAGGGGCAUUUCAGCUGGGUAAAGAGGACAAACUGCUCCAUCUGGCAGUCAGCUUCCCAGACAGACUAUAAAUACGUCUCCAUCUGCCUUACCAAGCGUUUGCUUACUACCGUGCUGAAUGACCAGAGGUGAAUGGACUGAUACGGCUGGUACAGCUAGUUCAACACUACUGCUUGGUUUUAAUUUUGUAACCUGUGGCCUGAUCUAUAAAUAAAGUGCUACUUACAUUUUCAA